AUGGUGUUAUUAUUGAAACUGAUCACUUCAUUCUUAUUUCUUUCUUUCAAUCUCGCAAUCAAUAUCGGUGAUGAUCUCUCAUUCAAUCUCGAUUUAAUCAAGCAUCAACCAUGUGGACAUGGAUCGCAUUCAAAAUGGAACAAGAAACUCGAGUUUGAGAGCGGAAAUGGACGACGAGGACCAAAAUUAGAGAAAGUUAUUGAUUCAGAUAACUGCUAUGCUGUUGGUGGGAAAGUGACUGUUUUCGAGGAGUUCAGCGGCGACUUCUCGAUUUAUUUGGAGUUGAGAAAUUCGGCUAAUAAACGAGCCGUUCCUGAGAGUUGUCAGCGUCAAGGAGAGGAUGGGUGUGGAGGAUUUGGAUCUUGUUUAUACUGUCACGCGUGUCAAACGUUCAGCGAUGUGCAAGGAGUUCGAGCCGAAUUACAACUUGAUGGAAAAGCGAUCAAGUGCACGGACGGUUUAAAGAAAGGUGUUUAUGAGAAUCUGCGCCUCGUUUUCUGUCUCCCAAAGCUUGAUGACAUUCUCCGAUCACAAGGGUUAAGCAAAGAGAACUUCUUGCAAUUGGUGGCGGAUGAGGACGGAUCGGCCAUCCGCGCGAUGGGAAUCUUUGCCACAGUUUAUGUAUUCGAUUCGGAUGUUUCGAAACAAAUGCAAACACAGCAGAGAAUUGAGUCGGUUUAUAAGAAGACAAAGAAGAGUUUAUUCAAGGACGAGCCCCUUCCACCCGAGGUUUACUGGAGUCUUCCAUUCAACAAAAUGAUCAAAGAGCAAUCCACUUAUGUGGCUUGUCACAAAAUCUACGGAAACGUGAAAAUCAACAAGGCUGAA